UGAAUAGAUCGCAUUCAAUAAGAUUCUCAAGUUUCAACAGUUGUUGAGGACCCAAAAAAAGAUCUUUCCACCAUGUCAACUGCUUCUAUCGAGUACGACGACGCCGCCACCUUUGGCAUUGUGGGUAACUUCCCCGGCGACGACGAGCUGUUGGCGGAAUUGCAAUGGUGCGGCGACACCUUUUCCAAAGCGGAAAAUCCCAAACCUCCACUGGCCCGACUGGUGACCCUGUUGGACCGUUUGCCGUUGAAAGGACGUAAUGCCGUGGUCCGCCGCUAUUUGGCCAAGAGUCCUCACCGCGAUGCCAUUGUCCGAGACUUAUUCGAGUAUUGUUUUCAGCAAGACGAAGAUGAGGAUUACGGAGACAAGAUGCAAGUGGAUGGGGAAGACGACGAGGAACGAGAAGAAGACGAGUUUGUUCUCAUUGCCAAUCCCACUAGCAGUAGUAGUGGUAGUACGACCGAGGCUGCUGACAGUGCUCCUCCGGCUGCUGUCGCUGCUGCCAAACCACUCAAUGGGAAUCGCUUUCACAUUUUCCAAGUGGUCCUUGUCUUGAUGGCCGCGUCGGGUCCUGCCGGAGCCGACCUAAGUCGUCGCUAUUUGAACACUACGGCCAGUACCAAGUACCGUCCCAAAAUUCUGAUUCAAAUUGUGGAAUCCUUUUCUCCCCAAGACUUUUCCAAUGAGGAACUCUGGAAGCACUACCAAGAAUCGCCCCGGUCCGUGCAAGAUGCCGUUGUCAAGGCGUGUCAACGCAGCAAGGCAAGGCCGUUGUUUCUCCAAAUGGUGGACCAAGACCAACGACGUCGCACCGGGGAAACACUCCGCUACCCCGAUUUGAUGUAUUGGUGUCCCAGUGAUUACGUCGCCGCGCAGUUGGAACAAUUGGUGAACACCCCGGAAUUGAAUCAAUUCCAAUUGGCUCAUUGGGGCAAACACGGUUCUACCUAUUUGGAGUUCUUGCGCCGUCGCAUGACUAACUCCGGACCCGAUAAACUCAAACGAGGUGGAUGGUGGUCCUACUUUUAUGGGCGGUUGGACACGGCCAGUAUGCAAUCCGACCAUGUCCGGGCAUUGCAGCUAAUUCUACAAGAAUUUCCCUCGUGCUAUAUUUUCAAGAGUGUCAAUGACAAGGCAACGACCCAGUAUUUGCAAGAACUGUCUGCCAAGGGAGGAGACGAAGAUGUGGAAAAUUUUGUCGAUUUGGUCAAACGGUAUCAUUUGCCACCGGCAUUGGUCGAAACCAAGUUGACCAAGAAGGAACGCUUCGAAUAUGUCGUGGCGGCGUUCAACGACAAGGAUUGGGACCGCUUUACCCAAGUCAAGAAUCUCUCCACCAAGAAGAAGAAAAAGGGUCGGUCAAACCAUUGGGGCGGCCGAGGUGGUCGCGGUGGUCGUGGCGGUCAUUUUGGUGGCCGUGGUGGUGGUGGUGGAGACGCGAACGACAACCAUUCCGAACUCCUCGUGCCGCGACACAAAUUGCCCUACAAGGAUACUUUCAAGGCCGUGGGGAUGGACGCGUUUUGGGCUCGUCACAUCCAGUCCGAUAGUAAUAAUGAUUUGCAUCAGGACAAGUUUUUUGGGCACUUGGCGCACAAGGACUUGUACCAGCAAGCACCCCUGACGGAACGGGCUUCCAUUUUGGAAUGUUGGACGGACCUCCAUCGUCGCUGCAAACCAUCCGAUCUGACGGAGGAGCAACGGAAACAAUACGGUCGAGGUGGAAAUAAGUCCACUUUGGAGUGGAUGUGGAAGAGGUGGUAUGCGAGUUACGGCAUGUUGUACCAAGGCAGUUGUUGGGACUUUGACGGAUUGUCGUCGGAAGAACCACGCCAGCACAAAAUGCCACAAAAGCAAGUCCAACAUGCGCAACUUGUCCUCCAGUUGGCUCUUCAGGCGUUGCAAGAGGAAGGAGUCCCGGUACUAGGUUGUCUUUCGGUGACUCUGGUCCUCAAACCUGUCCGGGAAUUGCUGAAUAACAUUCCUUGUUCCCGUGUGGCGGAGCUCAAAGACGACGAUCCCAGGAAGGAAAUCAUGAUGCCAUUGAUCCAACAAGGUGCCUCCAUAAUCGUGGACCACGUCUUGCCGCUAUUGAGCGGCAGUGUGCAGUUUGAUCCUGCCGUGGAAAAUACUUACGUAAAUCAGGAGUCCUUGAACUUGUUCUCCACAGUCUUGUCCGAGAUUGGCAGUCGCUGGCAAACCAACGAGCAAGUCACGACGGCCAUCAUGUCGUUGGUACUGGAUGUGCAUCUUCGGGCACAGACCACGCAAACAGCCGAGGGGGCCUCGUUUGUUGUCACGGCGGUGGCUUCUGGUGACAACGACAACAGCGCAUCGUCGCCGCCACAGAAAAAGAGCAAAAAGUUUGCCUACUUCAAGGCCGAUCUUCACAAGGAUGCACAGCGCAAGUGCCGAAGCCUCGCCAUGGAGUUCUUGAGACACCAAAAGGAUGCUGAUGCAUUGUACGCGAAGAAAGAGAUGAUCCAGAAAGUGUGGGACCUUCUCAAAAACGAGCAGGACUCGGCGGCCAAGAAGCAAGACCCCACUGAGUGGCUCCAAUCGUGCCAGCAGUACUGCCCCAAGCACUUGCUCGAGGAAGAAAAGCCGUCGCUCAUUGCAAAAUCCCGAGCCUUUGUCAUUACUACCGCCAAAGACAACCACCGAUGGAAGGAUGCGUUGGCCCCCGUUGCCAAGCAGCUCCAGGAAUUUGGAUGGCUGGAGCUUGUCUUGGAUCUUGACGAUGAAGAGAUCCCCAUGAACGUGAAACACUCGCUGUUGGUGGAUCAUGCGGGCUUUGCCAACGAGAAGGUCCGACAGAAUCUAAAGGAUCAAACAUACGCGGCCAGCGGUGAAGAACGAGCAGAAGGCCUCAACGAAUGGCUUCAGCAGGCGUGCGCCACGGAGCAGAUGUCUCUCAUCGAUGAGGCGUUGGCGUUCGCUGCCGGCCGCGUCAAGAACGAGUCUGGAGCCAACCGAAAGACUGUCUUUGCUUGGUUAGAGAAGAACUUUGCGUCGGACAUUGUGGUGCCAUCUCUCCACGCCAAAGAUUUGGAUGUUGCACUUGUGGAUCGACUCUGCGCCGCGAUUUUGUCCAUUCAACAGAACGACCUCAACCGACUGGAUUCUGUUGGACGCUACGUUUGCUUCCCAAGGCUCCCACAGCGCAUCCUUGGCGCCGUGUUGGCGUUCGACCCCACCAGGGUUUGCCUCGAGCGUCGUCGUCGGUGGAUCGAUUGUUCCAUUCGUUUACACUGGGACCUUGACGUUGCAUCCAACGGCGACGAGCGUUCCGCCUACUACUCGUGGCCCAUUCCGCAACUGGUCCUGAAAAGUGCGGUAUGGAUCUCACAGGAGGACCUCGAUGUAUUGUACCCGCCAUCAAAGCCGUCCAGUUCUGUUAGGCUCGCAAAGUUGGGAACACAGCUUGGGCACACGCAUCAACUGAGCUGGGUUGUCCGCAAAGGAUUUAACAAGGACAACACGUUCGGGCCAGCGCAAUGCGUGGGUUUGCUGGUGGAGGCUAUCAAUUCUGUUUGGCGAGAUGAAAUUGCUGUGCCAGCUUUGCUCGUGGACGGACGGUUCCGCGAGAACGACCAGCAGAUUGCAUCGGCCCAGAGGGCCCGCUUGGAAGGGCUCUUCCAGUUGUGCGGAACCGUCUGGGAAGAAGUCGACUUCUUAGCAUCGGCCUUCGACAACAUCUUCAAAGAUAUUGAGUCUGCACCCCGUUCUCAUGUUGUCGAGGCAAGCGCGCUACUUGACAAAAUCAUGCAGAUUCACGGCGAGAGUUUCGGUUAUUACGAUGGGGUGACAUCCUGCCCUCGCGCCGUGGCCUACUCGCCGCGUCUGGCCAACGCUUGCGACAAGUUGUUCCGGGUUGCUGUAGCUACACAGUGGAUCGCAAUUUCAGCGCCACGAUGGCAAAGCGUAUACCUGGAGCGUGGUUCUAGAGUCUGGACUGACGUGGAAGUGGGUGAUCGGGCAAAGAACUUUGUUUAUAACCACAGCGACGGCUGCGAGCCGGAUUGUUGGCGUCUUGUUGUCGACAAGACAGGCCGGAUUCAGCGAGAGGCAGAGAUGGCCAAGGAGCUCCUUGACAUUUCUACCAGUGCGUUGUUCCUUGACUGUGUCCAAAAGGUCCUUUUCACUAGACGUCAGGACGUCCUGGCGCGAUACCUGAAGGAAGAGGUCGAUCCAAAGGGAGUCUUUCGCGGUUCAGAGGAGCAAAGCUUGAGCGAGAAUCUUUUCACCGCCAUGGACAAUAUCGCAUUGCUUAGUUGCAACUCGAGCGUCAGCAAGUGGUACGCCAAAUUUGCGCUCGACAAAGCUGGCACCAGCAGGGCCGAUCUCGAAUCGAGAGUGCAAGCAAUUCACAAAUUCAUGAGCUCGCCGUCAACGCAGCAUGCAGACGUACUUGCCGCUCUUCAGGGCGACCUGGACGAUGCUGUGCGCGAAGCGCUCAUCAAUCGAGUCUUUUCUUUGGACAGCCCUUGGCAUAUCUUGGGGCACCUGCUCAGUCGCAAGGCCAUUGAAAAGAACGAUCAACGAGUAACGGCUGCAUUGUUGGGCUAUGUUGCCCGCCACGUCCACGUCGACAAGGUUGUCAGGGUUGUUGGUCUUCUUCUUGGUAAACGACGCCGAAAGAAGCUGAGUUUCCAGCUACACAAAGGAGCCAUCCGGAUGCUGUUUGAUGCUGGAACCCCGGAAGCAAUGGCUCUUUUGCGGAAGGAAUGGGACAAUGAGCUAUCUGAUGGCGUCCGUGCCCUUGUGAUCGAGAAAUGCAUGGAAGCCGUUGUGGCUGGAAAGACCGAGGGUUGGGAGGCCACGGUUCUGUCGCGAGUGGCAACCGACAACUCGUUCGAGGCUGAAGUCAAGUUUGUUUUGCUCGCGCCUCAGCGGUCGAACCGGGCUUACGGGUCUAUCGACAUCCGGAAGGCCGCCGGUGUCGCAACAGAUGAGACCCUGGAUCUAUAUCGACGAAAGCAACCCAACCCAGUUUACGUGAACUCGUCCCCGGUGGCUCGGAAAUUGAGUGCCAUACUGAAGGAGCUGGAAUCGUCGUCGACAGAUGAAACCCUGUCAUUUCUGGCCAGAUUGAAGAAGUUGGCGCUCUCGGAUUUGUUUGCAUCCGAUCCAGUUGAUGAUCAAGAGGCUUUGGAUGACAUGUUGCUGUACUUGACCACUCCGCCAUCGUCCGAAGAUGCGGUCGACCACAAGACGCAAGCAGGCUUUCCUUGUGUUGCGGAAAUGUUUGGUGCGGCGGCUACGCGGGUACUGGCCGCGGCUUUGGGCCUGUCUUCGGAGAAAAUGGAUCUGAAGGAUAUCAAGGAAAAGUGUGCCCAGCUUGCCGCAGUGAUCAAGUUGCGUGGUUGCGUUCGUUCCCAGCUGGACAAGGCGUUGGAUUUGCCAGCCCGACACCACCUGCAAAGGACGCUUGUUCUGAAUUCCCUCCAGUCCCUGAUCCUAGGGGUUCAGGCAUACUCUUUGUGCCAAGGAAUGGAUGCCAUGCUAGUGAUGGAUCCUUUCAAGAAGGACUUUGAGCUGAUGUCGAAAGAUGCCAGCCUUGUGUCACAAAUUUGUUUACCCUUUCUGGGGGGAAGGCUUUGAUUUAGAGAAGAAUAAAAAUCCCCGGCUACAGUUUCCCUUGUUUGUAGUCCUCUUAUUAGUGUACAUUGUCAACGUGGUUUUAAAAACAUGUGGCGUUGAUGUUGUGGUUGCAGCACCGGUAGCUAGCUGGUCGGUGAGAGAGAAAACUGAAAUCAAAGACUGAGGACUCAAAUCAUGCCGGAUCCAGUGUAAUUAAAACCAUAAUAUUAUUAUUAGUAUUGACCCACCGCCAACCGUGCAC